AUGGGGCGACACCUUGACCUGGACUUUGAGAAACUAGGAGAACUGAUGAGAGAGGUUGGAUUCGUUGACGUGGUAGUCAAGCCGUUCAAGAUCCCAAUCGGCCGGUGGCCGUCCGAUCCACGUAUGAAGGAGGCGGGGAUGUAUCAACUAUACGCAAUGUUGGACGGUGUCGAAGCACUGACUCUUGCCAUCUUUACGCGCUGCUUGGGAUGGGAGCCGGAACAGGUCCAGGUAUUCCUUGCUGAUGUGCGCAAAGAAUUCAAGGCGACGAAGCGAUAUACCUAUUGGCCAUGUGCCGUCAUAUAUGGCAAAAAGCCUAUGGCCGUGUCCUCGAUAGACUCUGCGCUAUGA